ACCCUCCCGUCCUCCCGUUUCCGAAAAUAAUUCUCCUCAAAAUUCAAGCACCAACCUCUCCUCUCAUCUCCCGUCCUCCGUGCCGCCGGCCACCCACUCGCCCCCCAUGGAUCACGCCGCCGAGCACCUCGACCCCACCGCGCCGGCGCCCGCGUCCGCCUCCUCUUCCGCUGCCGUCGCCGAGGUUAACGCGUGGCUGGCCUCCCUUGCCGCGGAGGCCGGGUCCGGGGGCGCAGCGGUAGGGCGAGGCGGCGCCGGCGGCGGGGCGGCCGCGGAGCUGUCGCUGGGGCCCGACCCCACGCCGCGCGGGGUGGCCUACCUCCGGGCUCUGGCCGCAGCGUCGCAGGCUCGGUCGCAGGCCGCCGGGAUCGCGGCCGCAGGGCUGCGCGCGCAGGCCUUGGAGUACCGCGCCGAGGCGGCGCGCCUGCGGGAGGCGCUCGAGCGGGCGGGGCUCGCGAGGGACGCGCUCCCGCCACCCGCAGCAGCGGCGGCGCGCGCCGUCGCCGCCGUCGGCAACCUCCUCGCCAUCCGUGACACCGAGAUGAGCAGCUUUGUGGUGGCGAGUGCAGACUUGUCGCUGAGGCGAGCAGAGGUGGAGGAGAAGAGAGACAAAGUGCAUAAGGAGUCAAAGGCACUACUUGAUUACACACGGAAGGCCAUAAACAAGCUUACUGAGCUGAAGAAGAUGCUUGAGAAAUUUAAAAAUGAUGUGGAGAAGCAACAAGCAGAGCAAAUGACAGAUUGGCAGACAAAGCUUGUAAUGAUGGACUCCAAGGAACGCCAGUAUAUCCUCCAAGUCUCAAAUUAUAAGGCAAUGCUUAACCGAGUGGGUUACACGCCGGAGAUCAAUCAUGGUGUGUUGAUGGAAAUGGCUGAGCAUAAGAAGGAUCUCGAGAGGAAGACAAAACCCAUAGCCGACACAUUAAGAAGUUACCAGGAUUUACCUCCAGAUAAAGCUCUAGCUGCACUAGCUAUAGAGGACAAAAAGAGGCAGUAUGCAGCUGCCGAGAAGUACCUAGAAGAUGUGUUGCAAUCUGCUCUAACCACAACUGGCCUAUAAUGUGCAUAGUUUUGUUUGGUGUAUCUUUCAUGUUGGCAUUGAUUGAAAGCGUAAUGGUAAAUUAACUUUCUUGUAAGUUGUAACUUGGUUGUAUAAUCGUGUAAUAUCCUUUGCUUUCCUAACUAGACAAAUUUCACCAUAGAAAUUAAUUUCUGUUGCAGUUAUGAUCUCAUCGACAAAAGACACUCUCCAGACAGCUUGGCCUGUUGUGUGUGUGGUUGUGUUAAUUUGAAUUUGAUUUUGGAUA